UGGGCUCUGCAUGGAGAAUGAGGAUGGUUCCUGUUGUUGUGAAAGAGACAUUAAGGUUCAUAUUAGAAAGAGCGGCCUAGGAGAUACUCAAUUUAGCUUCCGUCUCCGUCAGUCUGGGGGGCAGAGAAACACUCAUUUUGGGGAUGAUGGCGAAUAUAACAGAGAAGCCCCCCUAACACUACAGCGGGAGUCAGCUCAUUACUUUGGCUAUGUGUACUUCAGGCAAGUCAAGGACAGCUCAAUGAAGAGAGGUUAUUUCCAGAAGUCUCUAGUGCUGGUGUCACGCUUGCCUUAUGUGAACCUGUUCCAGUCUCUGCUGCAGCUGAUUGCUCCGGAGUACUUUGACAAGCUGGAGCCAUGCCUGGAGGCAGUGUGCAAUGAGAUUGAUCAGUGGCCACCUCCGGUGCCAGGACAGACACUGAACCUUCCUGUGAUGGGAAUUGUCAUUCAGGUGAGAAUCCCAUCCAGGGUGGAUAAACCCGGAUCAAGUCCUUUGAAGCAGUUCAAUCAAGAGAACUUGUUACCAGCCCCGUUAGUUCUCCCCAGUGUUCAUGAACUGGAUCUCUUCAGAUGUUUCCAGCCAGUGCUAAUUCAUAUCCAGAUGCUGUGGGAGCUGAUGCUACUGGGGGAGCCAAUAGUUGUAAUGGCGCCAUCCCCUACAAUUUCCUCAGAAAUGGUUCUGGCACUUACCAGCUGUCUCACCCCCCUGAAGUACUGCUGUGACUAUCGUCCAUAUUUCACUAUCCAUGACAGCGAGUUUAAGGAGUACACCACCAGGACACAAGCCCCGCCGAACGUUGUCGUGGGCGUCACAAAUCCUUUCUUUAUCAAAACGCUCCAGCACUGGCCUCACCUCCUUCGGCUCGGGGAGCUCAAAAUGUCAGGUGACUUACCCAAACAAGUCAAGGUGAAGAAACUAACCAAACUGAAAACUCUGGACGCUAAGCCGGGAAUCUACACCUCUUACAAGAUAUUUCUGCACAAAGACAAAACCCUGAUAAAGAGAUUGUUAAAGGGGAUUCAGAGGAAGCGCCCGUCUGAAGUCCAAAGUGCCCUUUUGAGGCGCCACCUGCUGGAGCUCACCCAGAGUUUCAUUAUUCCCCUGGAGCACUACAUUGCGAGUCUGAUGCCUCUACAGAGGGCCAUUACUCCAUGGAAGAAUCAGGUCCAGCUGAUGUUCAGGAGACAGAAAGUCUGUGGGGUCAGAAACCCUGAGGUGCUGCUUUGUCAAAAGAAUCCUCCCCAGAUCCGUCCUUUCCGACAGGAAGAUUUCAUGAAGACCCUUGAACAUGCUGGUCCCCAGCUCACCUGUGUACUUAAGGGUGAUUGGUUAGGCCUGUACAGACGUUUCUUCAAGUCUCCCAACUUUGAUGGCUGGUACCGUCAGAGACACAAGGAAAUGACCCAGAAGCUAGAGGCCCUUCACCUGGAGGCGAUCUGCGAGGCGAACAUUGUGGCCUGGAUGAAAGACAAGUCCGAGGUGGAGAUCGUAGACCUGGUUCUGAAACUUCGCGAGAAGCUGAUCAGAGCCAGGUGCCAUCACCUCCCUGUGAAGGAGGAAACGCUGCAGCGAGUGGGCCUUUACAUUGAGACCAUCAUUGGUUCCCUGCCUGAGGAUCUCCAGACUGUGCUGCACCACCACUGAGCCACCCAGCACCAGGACUCUGCUGGGAAGGGACUCCCCCAUUCACAGCAUCUCCUUCAGAGCUGCAGGGGGCUGCAGUCAGGUUUGAGGAAGAAACUUCUGCCCUGAUCCAGCACCACACUGACCUGGAUUCUGCCUGCCAGUGCGUGUGGGUUUGAGUCCUGAGAGCGGGGUGGAACUGACGACGGGAAGGUGAACUGUUUCUGUGCACAAUUGUUUGCUAUCCGGUCCUGCUUUCCCGGAGGAGCUGGAGGAGGAGAGCUCUGUGUGGCCAUCAGUGAGGCAGAGGGAGGCAGCCAGGGUUCCAGUCCCAUAUGGCAGGCUGUGUAGAACCAACACAGACAUCCCCACCCUUGCCCUCAUGCUAGGCCCGUUGAUACGUACGUGUCCAUCAUGCCCAUUUGUCAUGGGCACAGCUGUAGAGACAGGAACACUCUGUGUAUGGGGUUUAUGUACAGAGCCUGCAGGAGAAACUUGACGCUCUCGCUAAUCUUGUGAUUCCAGGCCCCUUCACACAGGGGAUGUGGAAAAUCCACCACUAUCCCCGCAACAGGCUGACCCCUUGGUGGAGAGAGCAGUCGCUGGCCUAGUGAAUUGUUAGUGGAGCUGAAGGCAGGAUAAAGGGGGGAGCAGGAGAAGUGACUGCUGGAACAGACCUCUCCAGAGCAGUGUGUGUUAGACAGGCUGGAGCUCUGAGCACACCCUGCUGGGGGGCUGGAGCUCUGGUAGUGUGUGAGAGCAGGUAGCAGUCUCCUGUGCAGUGAGGUAUCUGGCCAGAGAAUGUCUAACGAGGUGCGUUUCUGUCCUACAGAUUCUCAGCCCCCUUGCCCGUCAGGCAGGACACAGCACCACUGCUUACAGCCUGCAUUACCCUCACUAACGGGCGCUUGCACAGCACUGGCUCCCUUGUGGGUACAGAGCUUGGUGCAUAGAUUUGUACUGCCAGUGAGAUGCUCCCCUGUGCUUACUCGUCCUUACCCACAGCAUCAGAGGACUCUGGUACUGCUGCCUGUGUUAUUUCUGGGGGGCUGGAGGGGGGAGAAAAAGGGGAAGGGCUGCACGCACAUGUAAGGGAUGAAUGAAUGAUGGGCUGGUUUUUCUACCAGAGCUAGAAUGACUGACCGCAGCCUUCCCCCCCUUUUCAGAGCAGUGUUUCUCCCGGUUCUCUGAGUGCUGGUUUAACUCAGCCCCAGGGUUGCCCUCUGAGAGCCAGUACUAGGCCCUCGUGCUUCACCCUCUGCCACCUGGAGCGUUCUUGCCAUGGAAUGUGUGUCCCAUGCUCAAUGGGCCUUGGGGCAAACCGGGGCCCGUGCACUGCUUCCCCAAUGCAGAGGCCCUAGAGUGGAACUUCUUGCAGAGUAGGGAUGGUCAGGGUGUCAGGUGGGACCUUGCACUAAGGCGUCCUGCGAGCUGUGUGUACAGGGAGUGGGGAGGAGGAGGUGUUCUCUCUAGCAAGCUCUGCCCUCCAUCGGGCUGUUCCUCAUUUACACAGUAAAGCACAAAGGCUGGAACCCUCCCACCUCUGUUUGCCACCGACUCUGGGGAAUGGUUCCUUCAUCCCCCGCUACACACAGUCUUGAAGAAAGCAGGGCAGCAGUCGUCAUGGUAGUGAGCGUUUGGCUGCAGCCCUGAGCCCUCCUUCAUGGCUGCCCUGCCUCCCUCCAGGCUCCCCGUGGGGAGAAGCAGGUGGGCAGGGCCCUCCCUGCAGUAAGUUACUCUGUAAAAUGCUCUGUAGUGACAAAGCCCAGUCUGUAUAGUGUAUAGUCAUGUGUGUGCUAACUGUGCAGUGCCCACAGGAGGGACUUAAAUCGCUACCGUAUAGUAGUAAAUGUUAGCUUAAAACACGGCCUCUCGUCUUGGAGCCUCAGUGGGAUGGGCUGAGCUUUGUUCCAAAAUAAAUGGGCGUUUUCUGCA